AUGCCAUCUGCCUAUAUAUACGACACGAAAAACAACACAAACGACCACCUGAGGAUCACCAAAAGUGACAAGAAGGCUACCGGAAAAAGAAAGUUCCAUAAGAAAAGUAGAAAUGGCUGUACAACAUGCAAGAGAAGAAGGGUUAAAUGUGACGAGACCAAACCUAUAUGCGCAAGAUGUGAAAGGAUGGGUAUUGAAUGUGUCUAUUUAAACGCCGAAGUAACUAGCGGCCAUAAAGAGAAUAACACUGAAAGCACUCUGAAGCAUCCCGGUGCUGCUUCUCUACACAAAACAGAAUCUAACAAAACCCCUAUGGCUACCCAAAUAGCUCUUGACUCGCUGCUACAACAGCAAGGACAAGCUCCAGAAACGCCCAGAGACCUGCCUCCACCUAUACCUCUAGGUGUAAGUGAAAGUUUGUCAAACUUGCUUUCAAUGUCUCCAAUGACUCAACUAUUGCAGCAAUGCCCGCUAUCACCAGUUUCAGUGCCAGUAGCCACUGCACAAAUAGGACUUCAGUUUCUCAACAGUUUUCCUCCAGAAAUGCAGGUGAAACUAUUCCAACAGUUCCAACAGCUACCUCCAGAUAAGCAGCAGCAAUUGUACCAGAGUUUGCCAAUGCAAAUGAGAGCCUCUUCCGAAAAUAAUUCUCUACAGGAUUCGGUUCUUCUUGAUAGUUUGCCCAAAUCGAAUAUCAGUCGACAGCAACAUCAGCACGAUACGCAGAGCAUAAAGCAUGAGACCCAACAGCAGAAUGAGGCUUUUAGUACAAACACCCUACCGCCUCUUCAAAGUCCCAGUAUUAAUAGCAUUGCAGGUGUUCCAAAUAAUUUGAUUUCUGAGAUCAUUGGUGAUUUGGCAAACAAGAAGUCCAAUUUCCCUGUAGGAUCAAACAAAAUACCUACACCUCAAGAGCUAGCGGCGCAAUAUCAACAGAGGACAAUGAAUAAUGGUAGUCCCGAGGUAGGGGGGCCCUCAAUAUCUCCGGACACCAUAACUUCGUCUCUUCCGCCAAUAACCAAUGGGCAAACUACAAUUUCACAGCAGUCAAGCAGUUUGAACAUGUUGGAUUUAAGAUUAAUGUAUCAUUAUACAACAAAAGUGUGGCACACAAUCACUGAUGCGGGUAUAUCAGAUUCUAAAAUCUGGUCUGAUGAUAUUCCUCUGCUUGCUUUUAAAUAUCCAUUCCUUAUGCAUUCUGUUCUGGCAUUUUCGGCCACGCAUUUAUCCAGAAAUGAGAGAGGACUCGAUCAAUGUGUUACAUGUCAUCGUGCUGAAGCUUUACGGCUAUUAAGGGAGGCUGUGCUGGAAAUGUCUCCUGAAAAUACUGACGCAUUGGUUGCGUCUGCUUUAAUUUUAAUCAUGGACUCGUUGGCGAAUGCGUCGCUACCUACUUCAAGUUCAAUAAAGGCAUUGCCACCAUCGGCAUGGAUAUUCCAUGUUAAAGGUGCUGCUACUAUUUUAACUGCUGUCUGGCCAUUAAGUGAAAAGUCCAGAUUCUAUAAGUUCAUUUCGGUAGAUUUAGGUGAUUUGGGUGAUAUAGGAUAUGACCUUAUAAGUGGUGAGCUUGCCAACACUUCUGACAGUAACGAGAACUCAAGAUCGAGCAGUGUCACUUGUGGGGAUUCACAAUCGACAAAGCUAAGGAGCAACAAAGGACAUUCGUUAUCUGAUUUAGCGAGGUCAUCAAAUGACUAUAAAAAACCUCCAAAGUCGAAGUUUUCUACGAUUCGAUGUUUUGAUGAAGAAAUUUCAGAUAUGUUCCCAGUUUCUCUAACAUCUCCUUAUUUCCCCACACUGGCAUAUAUGGCAAAGCUGUACAGCGAAAGAGACAAAUCAGAUUUUAUAUUGCGUAUCUUUGCAUUCCCAGCAUUGUUAGACAAAAGAUUUUUGGGACUGUUGAUAAACUGUGAUUUAUCUGCUAUGAGAAUAAUGAGAUGCUAUUAUAGACUGUUGCGUAAUUUUACUGAACAGAUGAAGGAUAAGGUUUGGUUUCUCGAAGGUGUUAGUUCUGUUUUGCCAGCAGAUGUUGAACAAUAUGCAGGUGGUGGUGGUAUGCAUAUGAUGCUGGAUUUCCUUGGGGGUCCGGCCACCCUUGAUGACGAUGGAAAUGGUGAAAACUAUGUGGCUAAAUCAGCAGCCCAGUCUGGCUUGCUUGAUACCAAUAAUCUACCGAGCGCAUCAAUGAAUGAUAAUAGUCUACGGUACGACGGUGAAUUGAAUAAUGAUAGUUAG